UCACGCACACACACGCCGACCGAGUGUGUACGUACACCUGGGCAUUGCCGGAUGUAAUUCGUCCACUGAUCUGCGUCUUUAGGCUAUCUCUCGAGCUAUUGAAUUCUCCUGCCUAAACUAUCGCAUUGCCAUUGUUCAAUCUGAAUAUUCCAAUUUCCUCAAAUUACAAUGGAGUUGAUGUCAUCUCGUGUUUUCGUUACGAUCGUCGCGUUCCCGAUGUAAAUUCAAAAGUUAUUGGAUCACGAGAUAGACUAGCACCAACGAGACAUAAAUAAAGAAUCUGAGAUAGAAGACGAUUGGGAUUGCCUUCGACAAUUAACGAACGGAGAAUAAUAAUGUGAGAGAGGCUGUUUGAAAUAUUUCGUUUAUUCUCAUUGUUUAAUCGUUUAGUGAUGGUUCACACAGUCUGUCGAGUUUAUUAUGGUUUAUCGUGCAUAAUCGCUGUUCAAUAUUUAUCUCAGUCGUGUGAUGUGUAUCUCUGUUGUGACAACAAGUUCGGUAUUCGAUCGGGCAUUGGAGUGCACCGGUGAUGAAUAAUAUUCGGUGAAAAAGUUUGUGAUUACAUGAGUUUCUUUGUUGUGCACUCGUCUCACGCCUCUGGGACGUUAUAAAUUCGCGAGAAACGGGUAUAACCUCCAACAAUCGUUUCAGUAUAUCCCGCAAUUGGAGAAUUCUUCCCCCUUUUUUGUUGCUGAUUGAUUAUUUGUUUGUUUACUUGUUGUGCGAUAAUUCGGUGAGGAAUUCGUGCGAGGAUUGGUACAUGUGAAUGCAGGAGAAUUAAUGAGAUAACGUUAAUUAAUUUCAAGGUGAAAGGGAUGAAAAAGUGAAUGAAAUACGCGAGAGGGAAAAUUUUAAUACGAGGGAAAAUAAAUAUAAUUGAGAAUGAAUGACAUACAGGAAGUACGGCAACUAGAGUUGCUGUGCAAGCAGCUGUACGAGUCACAAGAUUCGGCUCAUCGUGCUGAAGCUGAAAAGGCACUUGUUGGCUUUCAAAAUGCCCCAGACACUCUUAGCAAGUGCCAAUUGUUGUUGGAUCGGGGGGAUUCAGCUUAUGCCCAACUUCUUGCUGCCACAACUCUCACGAAGCUCGUGUCACGAUCUGCACAAGGGCUCAGUCUACAGCAGAGGCUUGAUAUACGCAACUACGUGCUAAACUACUUGGCAACCCAACCAAAACUGCCAAACUUCGUGAUUCAAGCCCUGGUGACCCUCUUCGCGCGAAUAUCAAAGCUAGGAUGGUUCGACGCAGACAAAGACGAGUACGUAUUUCGAAACGUGGUGGGUGACAUUUCCAAAUUCCUCCAAGGCUCGGUAGAGCACUGCAUGAUCGGUGUGCAACUGCUGUCCCAGUUGACAUGCGAAAUGAACCAGAUAUCCGAGGCUGAUGCCAACAGAUCACUAACGAAGCACAGGAAGAUAGCCAGCAGUUUCAGGGACACCCAGCUCUUCGAGAUCUUCAGACUGUCCUGUUCCUUGCUGGGAACAGCCAGGGAAAACUGUAAAAAUCUAAACUUCAACGAUGAGGCACAGCACGGUCUAAUGACCCAACUCCUUCGUCUCGCGAGAAACUGUCUGACCUUUGAUUUCAUUGGCACGGCAACAGACGAGAGCUCUGACGACUUAUGUACAGUACAAAUACCCACGAGUUGGAGGCCAGCAUUCCUAGAUUUUACAACCCUAAAGCUCUAUUUCGAUCUUUACCACAGCUUACCAAACACCCUGUCAUCACUGGCCCUCUCCUGUCUCGUUCAAAUAGCAUCAGUCAGGCGUAGUUUAUUCUCAAACACUGAGAGAGCUAAAUUCCUAACGCAUUUGGUGAAUGGAGUUAAGCAUAUACUUCAGAAUCCCCAGGGCCUCAGUGAUCCUGGUAAUUACCACGAAUUCUGUAGAUUGUUAGCAAGAUUGAAGAGCAAUUAUCAGCUGGGGGAAUUGGUUAUGGUUGAGAAUUAUCCGGAGGCUAUACAACUCAUAGCUAAAUUCACUGUUCAGAGUUUGCAAAUGUGGCAAUUUGCACCCAACAGUGUUCACUAUCUGCUGAGUCUCUGGCAGAGAAUGGUGGCUUCAGUGCCAUAUGUCAAGGCAACUGAGCCACAUCUCCUGGAGACCUAUACACCGGAGGUCUCCAAUGCCUACAUCACCUCGAGGCUUGAGUCAGUGGCUGUUGUUGUUCGUGAUGGUCUUGAGGAUCCUCUCGACGAUCUGGGAAUGGUCCAGCAGCAGUUGGAGCAAUUAUCUGUGAUUGGUAGAUGCGAGUAUCAGAAGACUUGUACGUUACUUGUUCAACUUUUUGAUCAGGCUGCCAAUGCUUAUCAGGAGUUGCUGUCUCAGACAGCUAGUCCCACGCAGCAGAUUGAACUGAGGAUUCAGGAGGGACAGCUCACGUGGCUGGUUUAUAUCAUUGGUAGUGCCAUUGGUGGACGUGUGUCGUUUAACAGUAAUGAGGAGCAUGAUGCCAUGGAUGGUGAACUUGUUUGUAGAGUAAUGCAAUUAAUGAAUUUAACGGAUUCUGGACUCACCCAGGGUGGCUGUGAAAAACUUGAACUCGCUAUGCUGAGUUUCUUUGAGCAAUUCAGGAAGAUUUAUGUUGGGGAUUCUAUACAAAAAAAUUCCAAAGUUUAUCGUAGGCUGUCGGAAGUGCUGGGGCUCAAUGAUGAGGCCAUGGUACUCAGUGUAUUUAUACGGAAAAUAAUAACCAAUUUGAAAUACUGGGGACGAAGAGAACAGAUUAUUUCAAAGACACUUCAACUGCUGACUGAUCUGUCAGUUGGAUACAGUUGCGUGCGAAAGUUGGUGAAGCUCGAUGAAGUGCAGUUCAUGUUGAACAACCACACAAGUGAACACUUUCCAUUCCUUGGCAACAGUGUCGCAGUCUCUGAGAUGCGUUGCAGGACAAUGUUUUACACCUCACUUGGGAAAUUAUUUAUGGUCGAUCUGGGUGAAGAUGAGGAGAGAUUCCAUACUUUCAUGCUACCUCUGACAGCUGCACUGGAGAGUCUCGGUCAGUUGAUGGGUGCAGCCGACACUCCCCUCUUUGCAGCUGAAGAAGCUAAGAAAGCACUGAUCGGAAUAGCCCGAGAUUUGCGUGGCCUUGCAUACGCCUUCAACACAAAACCCUCCUACAUGAUGCUCUUCGAUUGGAUCUACCCGAACUACACUCCCAUCCUCCUGCACGCCAUCGAACUUUGGCACCACGACCCCCAAGUAACAACGCCAGUCUUGAAAUUAUUCGCCGAAUUAGUACAUAAUCGCAGCCAACGCCUGCAGUUUGAUGUAUCAUCGCCGAAUGGUAUUCUCCUGUUUCGCGAAGCCAGUAAAGUCAUAUGCAGCUAUGGUAAUCACAUACUGAACGUUGAAGUACCCAAGGAUCAGAUUUAUCCACUGAAAUUGAAGGGGAUCAGCAUAUGCUUCAGUAUGCUGAAGCUAGCAUUCUGUGGUGGUUAUGUUAAUUUUGGGGUAUUCAGGCUGUAUGGGGAUGAGGCCCUGGACAAUGCUCUGAAUACUUUUGUUAAAUUGUUGUUGAGCAUACCUCAGAGCGAUUUACUGGACUACCCAAAAGUAUCAGCCACGUACUACGUUCUCCUUGAGUGCCUAGCCCAGGAUCACAUGACAUUCUUAUCAACCCUGGAGCCACGAGUAUUCCUCUACAUUCUCUCAAGUAUCAGCGAAGGCCUAACGGCACUAGACACGAUGGUGUGCACUGGCUGCUGUGCAACACUGGAUCACAUCGUUACGUACUUGUUCAAACAGUUGUCACAAAAAGCUGGUGUCUACCCUGGGAAGAAGAAUUCGGCAGUGGCUACUGGAGGGGAUUUAUUUCUACAAGUGUUGAAGCAGCAUCCUGAGAUACUUCAGCAGAUAUUGAGUACAGUGCUCAAUGUGAUAAUGUUCGAGGACUGUAGGAAUCAGUGGAUCAUGUCGAGGCCACUUUUGGGACUCAUUCUGCUGAAUGAAGAAUACUUUGGUCAACUGCGGGAGAACAUCAUCAGGAGUCAACCGGUGGAUAAACAAGCAGCUAUGGCACAGUGGUUCGAGAAUCUUAUGGAUGGAAUUGAGCCGAAUUUAGUCACAAAAAAUCGUGACAGAUUCACCCAAAAUCUUUCAAUGUUCAGAAGGGACAUAAAUGACUCCCUGAAAGGACCAAACAUGUCAUCAAACUCUGGCAGUGACAUGAUGACCUCGUAGUGUUGUUGAUAAAAUCGACAAAUCACCCGCCGUGUCGUCAAUAAUUUUCGAUUUAGAGAUAAACCUGAGACAUUGGCUGCCGAUUAACAAGAAUAAAAAAAGAAGAAUAAAUAAGUAAAUGAUCGUAUGCAUGUGAGAGUAUGUCUUCUGUAAUUGAGUAACGACGAAGAAUGAAGAACAAAACUUUGUAAAAUUGGACAAUUUCAUUUAGUGUUUUCAUAAAUAAGAAAGGGUAUACUUUUUUUUUCAUUUAGAUCCAGUACAACUUAGGAAAAUGUCUCGUGGGGUGAUUAAUUUAGCCACAAAGAGUGUAGAAUAAAUGUUUAUGUGUUUGUGUAAGACUUUGCGGCCUUAAAUCGCUGUUUGUGGCAAAGUUAACGUGAAAUGUGUGCAUGAGAGCCCUCGCACAUUUGUUCAUCGUUUUUUUUUCGAGGAUAAAGAGAUAGUGAGCGAGAUCAAUAUGAUGAUACAGGAGUAAUGAAAAUACACGCUUCUUCGUGCGGGAUUUAUGUGUAUGAUGUACAUGAAAGAUAUCAUUAAAACUAUCAUUUAAGAGUGCUCAGUUCUUAUUGUAAUAAAAAACAAAUUUCAAAGAAA